ACGUGGGCAUGAAACGGGCUUUCCAUAAUCAGUUGAUUCUCGCACUUCUCUUUCUGGACUUGUCACGCGCUAUUGGUCUUUUUUUUGCAGGAACUAUUUUUUGAACGGAACUGUCCACUACAAGCAAGUGACGAUCGUUAUCCGUAGCACAUUUAUCGGACGUCUGAAACUGUUGUUGGGCCUUAAUGAACUGUUAUUUGUGAAUGAAACCAAUUUUAGAAAGCUUGAUAGCGGUGGUGACUUUCCGGUCAGUAGGCGCAUCGAAAAUUGCUAUUAUCAGGGCACUGUGAAUGGUGAAGAAUCCUCAUUUGUCGCUUUAUCAACGUGUAAUGGAUUGCGUGGUGUAAUUGCUUUUGAUAAUGGCUCAGCCUAUGGUAUCUGGCCAUUAGACGGAGGUGAUAAAGGCCGACGUCAUCCACAUGUAUUGUAUCGUACAAAGUGGUCUCAGUCUGCAGCAUGCGGAAGUCAGAUUGCCGAAAGCGCUAAUCGUUUUCACAGGGUUUGUAAUAUUUAACG